AUGUUCAUGGAGGUUUCUGAGGACAGGCUGAUGCGAAUAACUAAUUUGUGGCUUCCUACAGUAGUAGUGACAGGCAAAGCUGCAGAGGAGUCUUCACUAAUUCAAGGAGAUAUCUCUGAGCCAGAGGUUCUUAUGCCCUGUCAUUCUUUCUCCCCCAGGUGCCUGGAUCACCAGCUCUUCUGCACAUUCAUCAUGCCUCGGGAGCAAAAGAGAAAGCUUUGUGCUGCUAAGAAACAAAGCACAGUCAAGAAAUCUGAGGCUGUUGCUACCAAAAAGAAAAAAUGUGCUUCAGCUUCUCCUCCUAUGGGGGCUAUUCCUCACACAGAUUCUGCUUCUUCAUCACAAAGGCCUCCAGAGGGCUCUCAGAGAGGAAGAUCUACGACUAAAGCUAAAGAUAUGCCAAACUCAAGAUCAAAUGAAGGAACCAAAUGCAAAAGUAAGAAAAAGCACUGUUCUCAGAUUCAGCACUCCAUCGAACAGUCUCCCAGAGAGGUGCUAACCGAAAGUGCAAGAAGGUUGGUGAACUUCAUCAUUGAAGCACACAUGAUGAAAAAACCCAUUAGGAAGACAGAUAUGUUGAAGAUUAUCAGUGAAAAGUAUAAGAAACACUUCUCAGAGCUCCUGGUAAGAGCUUCUUUCAACAUAGAAGUGGUAUUUGGCAUGGAAUUAAAGAAAGUUGAUUUCACCAAACACUCUUAUGCCCUUGUCAGCAAAAUGCAACUCCCCUACAAUGGGAUGCUGAGUCGUAAUGGGGGAUUUCCGAAGACUGGUCUCCUGAUGAAUCUUCUAGGAGUGAUCUUCAUGAAGGGCAACUCCAUCACUGAGGAGGAGAUCUGGGAAUUUCUGAAUAAGAUGAAGAUAUAUGACGGAAAGAAACACUUCCUAUUCGGGGAGCCCAGGAAGCUCAUCACAAAUCUAGUGAAGCUGAAAUACCUGGAAUACUGCCAGGUGCCUCACAGUGACCCUCCUCAAUAUGAAUUCCUGUGGGGUCCAAGAGCUUAUGCUGAGACCAGCAAGAUGAAAAUCCUGGAGUUUUGGGCCAAAAUCAAUGAUACGGCUCCCAGUGCAUUCCAGUCCAGGUAUGAAGAAGCUUUGCGAGAUGAAGAAGAGAGAGUUUAUACUGCAGUUUCACUCUACGAUAGUAGUGAGGAAACAGAUAGCGAAGAGUUCCUUCUCCAGGAAGCAGUUCCUCUCAUAGUUAUUGAUGAUGAUUAA